AUGUAUCUCCAGGUUGAUUGCAGUAAAUAUAAGAAGCUACCACCAGGAAAAGAGGGAAUUUGUUAUGAAAUAUAUGCACCAAUUUGUGGAUCUGAUGGCGAAACUUACCCUAAUGAUUGCUUCUUUUGUUAUGAAGUUCAAAAAACUAACAACAAACUUAAAUUUGAACAUUUUGGAGAGUGUUGA